AUGCUUUCGUACGACUCAGCCAUCUCCUUGAAGGGACAAACCCCGGGGUCACCAGCUAUUUCCAACGGCCAUCAAAACAUCCCCCCAUCACCAAGCACCAUGAGACUCCCAACAUCAUCUUUGUCGAAUGGUGUGCGUACCAACGGCAAUGUCUCUUCGUCACUAUCCAAAAAUGAGCAGCGCCACAUCUGGCUCGUUACUGGCCCCGCCGGCUGUGGAAAGAGCACUGUUGCCAAGUACCUGGCCACUGUUCUUCAUAUGCCAUAUAUCGAGGGUGAUGAGUUCCACCCACAAGCCAACAUCGACAAGAUGAGCGCUGGCAUUCCCUUGACGGAUGCUGAUCGGUGGGACUGGUUGACGGCUCUCCGGGAGGCUUCUCUCAAGGAGCUGGAACGUGGAAACAGAGGCGUGGUGUUGACUUGCUCUGCUUUGAAGCGCAAGUACCGCGAUGUCAUCCGUGUCGCCCCCUAUUUCUCGCCCAACCUCCAUCUCCACUUCAUCUAUCUGGAUGCGUCCGAGGAGCUCCUCUUGCAAAGGGUGAUGGCUCGCAAGAACCAUUACAUGGGAGCCAACAUGGUCCACAGUCAAUUCGAAGUCUUGGAAAGGCCAACCACGGAUGAGGUCGAUGUUAUUAGCAUUGACGUCAGUCGCCCAGCCGAAGCUGUCAUGGCUGAGGCUCUAGACCGAGUCCUGGACACGAUGGAGACCGUCGCGGCGGAAGCCCAGAGAAAGUGA